AUGACUCCAGACAGCAUUGUGAAGGAUGUCAAAGUGCUGCUAGACAGAGAAAGGUCGGAGGGCGUCAGCAGCCCGUCUAGAGACGAUGACUCCACAUUGCUCAACCAGGGAACCAACAGCAGCAUCCUCGAUGACAACACAAAGCUGGACUCUGGCGUCCGGGAGGGAAGGAGUAAGUCCAGCGGCCUUUGCUUCAGCAAUGGACGGAGUCGCAUUGACUACAUCCUGGUUUACAGGAAGUCCAACUCGCAGUCAGAAAAGAGGGAGAUAUUUGAGAGGAACAUCCGUGCGGAGGGCCUCCAGAUGGAAAAGGAGGCCUCUUUGACAAACAGUGAUGUGAUUUUUCUGAAGCUUAAUGCACCGUGGGAUGUCCUUUGUCGCUAUGCAGAGCUCAUGAACAUUCGCAUGCCCUUCAGGAGGAAAAUCUUUUUCAUGCACCGACGGCACAAGUUCAUGAGCAGGUGAGUGAGCUUGGCUCGCAGGAUGGAGAAGCGCAUCAACAAGGUCCGCGGCUGGCUGCCCCGCAAGCCCAUGAAGUUUGACAACGACGCUCUGCCCGACCUGGAGGAGAACGAGAGCUUUACCGCCCCCUUCAGUCGAUCAAGGAUACACCAUUUCAUCAUCCACAACAGAGACACUUUUUUCAGCAACGCCACCAGAAGUCGCAUCAUCCACCACAUCCUCCAGCGGGUCAAAUAUGAAGAAGGUAAAAAUAAGAUGGGGCUUAAUCGUCUUUUGAGCAAUAGUUCAUAUGAGGCAGCUUUCCCUCUUCACGAGGCCUAUCAACUAUCAAAUUCUUCUAACUGGACCUUUUCUUAUUCUUCACAGGUCACCCAUCUUUUUGACAACGAAGCAACUGUUUUCUUUGCUGUUUUUAUGGCUGUUUGGGCGACGGUCUUCCUGGAGUUCUGGAAAAGGCGCAGGGCGGUCCUCGCGUACGACUGGGACCUCAUUGACUGGGAGGAAGAGGAGGAUGAGAUACGCCCCCAGUUUGAGGCCAAAUACUCCAAGAAGGAGAGGAUGAACCCCAUAUCUGGAAAGCCUGAACCUCACCAGGCUUUCAGCGACAAAUACAGUCGCCUCAUUGUCUCAGCAUCUGGGAUCUUCUUCAUGAUUCUGGUGGUGAUUGCCGCCGUGUUUGGCAUUGUCAUAUACCGCGUCAUCACCGUCAGCACCUUCGCCGCCUUCGGCUGGGCGCUCAUCAGGAACAACUCUCAGGUGGCGACCACAGGAACAGCGGUGUGCAUUAACUUCUGCAUGAUCAUGCUCCUCAACGUGCUCUAUGAAAAGGUUGCUCUUCUCCUCACUAAUUUAGAACAGCCGAGGACAGAGUCAGAGUGGGAGAACAGCUUCACACUCAAGAUGUUCCUUUUUCAGUUCGUCAACCUCAACAGUUCAACUUUCUACAUUGCCUUCUUCUUGGGAAGACUCCUCCAAAGUGUGGAGAACCUGGCGGAUUGA